AUGACUUACAUAAACGGCCAUACAAAUAGCCUUACCAAUGGGUCAACAGUGUCACAGCCCGUGACUACCGCGAGUCGGUUCCGACAGCUUCUGGAAACUCGUGGCGAAAUCAUUGUGGCGCCUGGCGUGUACGAUGGCUUCAGCGCCCGCAUUGCUUUGGAAGUGGGAUUUGACUGCCUAUACAUGACAGGAGCAGGAACAUGCGCUUCGAGACUGGGACAGCCAGAUCUUGGACUGGCCACCCUCAAUGACAUGCGGGAGCAUGCCGAAAUGAUCGCCAACCUGGACCCGGCCAUCCCUCUUAUCGCGGAUGCCGACACAGGGUACGGAGGUCCCAAUAACGUAGCACGAACAGUCGAGCAAUAUCACCGGUCUGGGGUCGCAGCUCUCCACAUUGAAGACCAGAUCCAGAUAAAGCGCUGUGGUCACCUUGGAGGGAAGCAAGUUGUCAGCAUCGAUACCUUUACCCAGCGCAUUGCAGCUGCUGCGCAAGCCAGACAACGAAUUGGGUCAGAUAUUGUGAUCAUCGCCCGAACAGACGCUUUGCAAACCGACGGCUUGGAGGAAGCGAUUCGCAGGCUCAAAGCAGCAGUCGCAGCUGGCGCAGACGUUGCCUUUCUGGAAGGGGUGAGUUCGAAAGAAGAGGCUAGGACAGUAUGCCAAGAGCUUUCACCGAUCCCUGUCCUGCUCAAUAUGGUGGAACACGGCGCGACACCUUCAUGGACUCCUCAGGAGGCCCAAGAACUGGGAUUCAGAAUUGUGAUCUUCCCAUUUGCUGCAAUUGCGCCGGCGUAUGAAGCAAUCCGCAGCACCUUUGAGGGCAUCAAGAAGACGGGUCGGACCGGUUUAGCCGCUGACUUCACUCCCAAGAAGCUAUUCUCGAUAGUGGGCCUAAAGCAGGCUACAGCGAUAGACGCCGCAGCGGGAGGCCAGUUGUAUAGCAGAGUUUAG